CGCGGGGAUUCAGCGACUUCGGGAAAUCAUCCGAUCCACAGACUGGAAAAAUAAGAUCCCACCCCUUCCCCUUUCCUAUAUAUUUGCCAUUUGAAAUGUUCAAAAACAAGGAAUUACUGAUUAAGUCGGUGUGUGAAGAUUUAAAGCUGAUUUAAAGGCAGUAGCGCUUCUGUGUUUUAGUUUCACUUUCGUUUUAGACUUUUCGAUUCAUUCCGUCUAACGGAGCGUGAGAAUGGUGAACUGCGGUCUUGUGACUGAGAAAAACGAGCCAGUGCCUCUGAAGAGCAUCUCAGUGGAGGUUCGGGUUCAGGAUCAUGUAGCCACAGUCUCCUCCACUCUGCAGUAUGUGAAUGAGGAAGAGCGCCCCCUGGAGGUCUUGUUCGUCUUCCCUCUGCCUGCUGAUGCUGCUGUCUGCCACUUCAGUGCCAAGAUCGGAGAGAAGGAGAUUGUGGCAGAGGUGCAAGAAAGAGAAACCGCGAGGGAUCGUUAUGAUGAUGCUGUGAGUUCGGGUCAGCAGGCGUUUCUGUUGGAAGAGAGCGAAGAGAGUCCUGAUGUGUUCAGACUGAGUGUCGGGUGUCUGUCGCCGGGUCAGAACGCUGCCGUCACCAUCAUCUACGUCACCGAGCUCGCUGUGCAGGCCGACCACUCGCUGCGCUUCUGUCUGCCGGCUGUACUCAACCCCCGAUACACACCAGCAGGUUCAGCUGCUGGUAUAGUCUCAGAGAUUUCAUCAGGAUGUGGAUCUGUUCCCUACACGCUGACUCUCAGUGUCCAUGUGAGCUCUCCAAAGCCCAUCUCCAAACUAGAGUCCAGCUGCACUCUGGAUCCUCUAGUGUUCCUCCACUCUGAUCACACUCAGGCGACGGUGAAUCUGAGUCCUGGUCACAUGUUUGAUAAGGACGUUGAGCUGUUUGUGUACUAUCAGGAUACCCAUCAGCCCUCUGCUAUAGUGGAGGCAGGAGUGAACACUGCCCCAUCAGGCUCUCUGAUGAGGCACCCAGUGGUCAUGAUAAGUUUGUAUCCAGAGUUCCCAGAAGAAAUGAUUCAAGGAGAGUUCAUUUUUGUGAUUGACAGAUCAGGCAGUAUGGAUGACACACGGAUAGAAAGUGCAAAGGACACUCUGCUGUUACUGUUGAAGAGUCUGCCCAUGGGAUGCUACUUCAAUAUCUAUGGAUUUGGCUCUCAUUUUGAGUCCUUCUUCCCUAAGAGUGUCGAGUACAAUCAGGACACAAUGGAUCAGGCUCUGAAGAGAGUGAAGGAAAUGCAAGCAGACAUGGGAGGCACAGAAAUUUUAGAGCCUCUAAAACACAUCUACAGUCAGCCCUGUUACCCCGACCACCCCAGACAGCUGUUCAUCUUCACUGAUGGAGAGGUGGGAAACACUAAAGAGGUGCUGGACCUGGUGAAACAUCAUGUUGACUCUCACAGGUGUUUCUCAUUCGGGAUUGGUGAGGGUGCAAGUACCGCCCUCAUCACAGGAAUGGCCAGGGAGGGAUCUGGUCACGCUCAGUUCAUCACAGACACCGACCGCAUGCAGCCCAAAGUGAUGCAGUCCCUCAGGUUUGCGCUGCAGCCCGCUGUGGUUAAUAUCUCUGUGGAUUGGACCCUUCCAGAUGGCAUUACUGUUGACACACUGUCUGAACCCAUCAAUGUACUCUACCAGGGUCAAAGGUCACUCAUUUAUGCCCAACUUAAAGGAGAGAGUUCAGGAGGCUCUGAGGGAACAGUGACAGUCAAAUACAGUCUUAAAGAUCAACCAGUAACAAACCAGCUCCACUUCUGCCUCAAACCAACUGAGGAAACAGGGUUGUCCAUCCACCGGCUGGCGGCUCGGACCCUGAUCCGUUCUCUGGAGCAGAAGGAAAGGGAUGGUGGUUCAAAGCUGGAGAGCAUCAGGUGCAGGAUAGUGAAGCUCAGUGUUCAGACAGGAGUCAGCAGUGUUUAUACAGCCUUCAUUGCCAUUAAUAAAGACAGCAGACAGACUAUGAAAGGACCCCUGCUGCAGAGAAGAGUGAAGACAUGCGGGACGGCUUAUGGAUUCUUGUCUGGCCCACGAUCUGCUCAGCCACAGGCCUCUGAUCGUACUAGGUCUAAUUCACGGCUGGGGCGUCUACGUCAAUCCCUGUUCAAAAAUGAUUCCAGGAUUAACCAGUCAAGGAGGAAGGAUCGUUCAUUGUUAAGUAGAAGAACAAAUGAGGCUACUAUAUAUUGCACAGAUCCUAUUGUGGCGUCUCAUCAAGAAAACUCUCUAGACAAACAAAGGGACCCGUUACUCCAGCUGGUUUCUCUCCAGAAGGCGUCAGGCUGCUGGGAGCUGGACGCCACACUGGCGGAUGUGUUUGGGAAGACGGAGGAUGAGCUGACCAAUCAGAAACCAGCACAGGUGGAUGGGUCAGUAUGGGCCACUCUCCUGGCUCUGAUCUGGUUAUACGGCUGUAAAAUAGACCAGCAGGUCGAGUGGCAGUUUGUGGCCAUGAAGGCAGCGUCAUGGAUCGGCUCUCAGAAAGUGGGCGAUCUGUCUCAGUGUGUGGGUGUGGGUAAUGUCCUGCUCGGAUGUCAGGUGACCAAAGCGACUCUGGGAAUCUGAUGACGUCGAUGUUUCUACUUCCUGUGCCGUCAGAAGAACUGUUGCUAUUUAUGUUUGUGUUUCAUUAAUUUUCUUCUUUCUUAGCUUAAAUCAACACCAUAUUAUAUAAAAUAUUGAAAAUUCAAUAGCUAGAUCAUGUUUCAUUUGUUUGAAUCAGAUUAUUCAUUAACCUUUUCUUGUUUCUCUCAGUUUUUUGUGCAUCAGUGAUUUACUAACGCUGUUGAACGAGUCCUCGAUCGCUGAGGAUACUUUCACACAGCGACAGAAUCAUGUUUAUGUGCUAAAAAUGAUUGUUAAAAAACAAACAUGUGAAUGUUGAACAAGAGCAGCAACAUAAUGCAAAGACUACUAUUAAAGUACAAAAAUAUUUAAGUACUCUCUGUCACUCUUUUUCAUGUAAUAAAAGAGAAGAGAAAUACUUCAUGUCUGUCUCACCAUCUAAUAAAGGUUUUACUAUAUAAACAGA